CCUCUGUUCAUUGAACAGACCAUAACCCAGAUGAAACCAUAACCCAGAUGAAGCCAGAACACAGCAAAGACAGGAGUCAUUCUAAACAGAUGGAAAGAAUUGGCAGACAGACCGGUUUCAGAGAUUCCACAGCUUCAGUAUUUCAGUGACCACUGGACUCUUGGAAGGAGGCGUUGAAAACAAGAGGGGCGUGAGUUUAAGAUCAGAGGCGAGAAGUUUGAAAGAGUCAUCAGGGGCAGCUUCUUCACACAAAGGUCCCCAGACAAGGAAGGUAGCCUUUCAAGGGAACUUCAAUUGGGGAAGUCCUCCUCGGAACUGAAGCAAACGAGAGCCAGAUAAGGACCAUUCAUUGAGUGCGGGGUAUUAACGCUGGUGAACAGUGUACGACUCUGUGCAGAUGGCUAACACGAGUGUGGGAUCUGACCCCGCGGCUACAGAGAGGUUCGGGGUCGAGGGAACGCCGUCCUCUCCUUGGUCUCUCAUGGGCCUUAGCACCACGGACAGCUGGAACCUCUCGGUCACCGCCAACACCACGCAAGACUGCGCAGAGAGCGCCGACUUCCAGUACAUCAUGUUCUCCGUGGUUUACAGCGUGGUCUUCGUGCUGGGCACCGCCACCAACUCCGCCGCCCUUUGGUUCUUCCUGCGGGCCAAAGAGAAACUCUCGCCCUCAGACGUGUUCAUGGUGAACCUGGCCGUCAUCGAUUUGAUCUUCGCACUGACCCUGCCCUUCAAGGUGGUCUACCACGCCCUGGGCAAUGACUGGAUCUUUGGUGAAUGGGGCUGCAAGAUCACGGGCUCGCUUUUCUUCGCCAACAUGUACGGCAGCACCCUCUUCCUCACCUGCAUCUGCGUGGACCGCUACAUCGCCGUGGUUCACCCGCUGCGCUCCUUGCAGCUCCGUCAGCCCCGCUACCGGCUGCUCGUCUGCGCUCUCAUCUGGCUGCUGCUGGUCGCCUGUAUCCUCUACCUCAUGCUCAAGGGGCCGCUCACCAGCAAGUUCCCGAACGGCCGGACGGCCUGCCUGGAGAACUUCUCCUCCAGCUCCUGGAGCGGCCGCAUCUCUGGCAUCAGCUUCGUGGCGGCCGGCCUCGGCUUCCUCCUGCCCCUGCUGGUGAUCGCCGUGUGCUAUCCGCUGAUCGCUUGCCGGCUGCUAGAGCCGGCCGCCGGCCGCUCUGUGCACACGGUUAAGAAGAGGGCCCUUCGCACGGUGUUGCUGGUUCUCGCCGUCUUCCUGAUCUGCUUCGUGCCCUAUCAUGUGAUCCAGGUGCUGCACACCCUCCGCCGCCUGGGGCUGUGGUCUAGCUGCCAGUUUAUCCGCUUCACGUACGCGGCGCGUCGGGUCACCAUGGCCCUGACCAGCAUCAACAGCUGCCUGGACCCACUCAUCUACUCCCUCAGCCGCCACUCCUUCACCUGCGUCCCGCCGUGCUGCCGGCAGCGCUGGAAACUCACCAUCAGCCGUCGGAGCAAUGAUACGACCAAGAGCUGGCUCCGUCACUGAAUGCACGGGGUGAUCCCAGUCUGGGCCGUGUCUUCACAGUGGGAGCCCAGACCGGGCCGUGUCUGCACAGGGUGAUCCCAGACCGGUCCGUCAUUGGAUAAUGGGACAGACAGGCCCGUGUAGGCACAGCCUAAUCCCAGACUGGGAAGUGUCUGCACAGGGUGAUCCCAGAUUAGGCUGUGUGUAUGGACUCUGUGGCCCAGACUUGUGAUUCCCUUGUCCAUUUCUAAGGUCGUUCUAUGACGGGGGAGGGAGGGGGUGACCCGUGGUGAGUAGAGAGACUUUGGUUUGUAACAAAAUCACACACAGCACACAUAGAGAAACACAACACACACACACACACACACACACACACACACACACACAAUCACACAUGGUUUCCCUCACACAGUCAUGCCACACAAGUUCUUCAGGCGUGGACGCGCGCACACACAGACUCACAGUCACCUGCACACACACACAAUGUCUCACUGUCAUGCACAGUUAUAGACAUAGACACUCUCUCAAACAUAUUGGCAGACACAGAGACAGACACAGACACAGACAUAAUCCUGCAGUCUCUCACACAAUUUUCUCUCACACAUACAAUCACCCCUACAGUUGCACAUACCGUCACAGGUGCACAGUCACGCACUGCCUCACACUGUCUCUCCCACACACAGUCACACCUACAGUCAUCCUCUCUGUCAUGCAGUCUCACAGUCACAAACACACACCAUCACAGACUCAUGGUGACACACACCAUCCCAGUUUCACAAUCAGUGACACACACCAUCCCAGUCUCACAGCCACACACACACACACACACACAGACACACAUACACACACACACACACCACCACCACCACAGAUUCAUAGUGACACAGACCAUCCCAGUCUCACAGUCACAUACACACCAUCAAAGACUCAAUGAGACAUGAAGUUACAUAAUGCCUCUCAUACAGUCACAUACACAAUCUGUCUCUCACACAUGCCAUGAUACAGAAACAUUCCUACAGUCACAAACAGUCUUCCACACAGACUGUCUCUCUGCCCUUUUCACACAUUCCACACGUGAUCUGGGCCUCUGCUGUUGUAGGGCAGUGGUGGGUCGGGAGCUGUUGUGCUUUGAAUGUGCAUAAACUUUCAGUUCACACAGUGUCAAUAAACUCUGUGAAAAACACACACAUGCUGCAAUUAAUUGUAACUCCUUGACCCACGGCUUUGAUCUAAAGGGAGCCCUUUCUGGUUGGUAGUCGGAUGUGGUCAAUGGUGUCCCGCAGGCGUCCGGUUUCUUUUCAUGUGAUAUGUCAAUGGUUUGGAUGACAGAAUUGAUGGCUUUGUUGAUGACACAAAGAUAGGUGGAGGGGCAGCUAGUGUUGAGGAAGCAGGGAGUCUGCAGAAGGACUCAGACAGAUGAGGAGAAUGAGCAAUCAAGUAUCAGGCAGGAUACAGUGUCGGGAAGUGCUCAUGCACUUUGGUAGAAGGAAUAAAGGUGUAGACUAUUUUCUAAAUAGGGGACAAAUUCAGAAAUCAGAGGGGCAAAGGGACUUGGGAAUUCAAAUGCAGGAUUCCCUGAAGGUUAACUUGCAGGCUGAGUCAGUGAUAAGGAAGCCAAAUGCAAUGUUAGCAUUCAUUUUGAGAGGACUAGAAUAUAAGUGAUUUGGGGUGGCAUGGUAGCUUAGUGGUUAGCACAACGCUUUACGGGCCCAGGUUCAAUUCCCGCCACUGCCUAUAAGGAUUUUGUAUGUCCUCCCUGUGGGUUUCCUCCAAGUGCUCCGGUUUCCUCCUACAGUCUAAAUACGUACUGUUUGGUAGGUUAAUUGGUCAUUGUAAAUUGUCCCGUGAUUAGGCUGGGUUAAAUCAGGGGUUGCUGGGCAGCAAGGCUCAAAGGGCCAGAAGGGACUAUUCCGCACUGUAUCUCAAUCAAUCAAUCAAAAAAUAAAUACAUAAACACAAGGAUGUAAUACUGAGAAUUUAUAAGGCCCAAGUGAGGCCUCAUCUGGAGUAUUGUGAGCAGUUUUGGAUCCCUUAUUUAAGAAAGGAUAUUUUAGCGUUGCAGGGAGUCCAGGGGAAAUUCACGAAAAUGAUUACAGGAAUGAAAGGGUUAAAGUAAAAGGAGCAUUUUGUGGCUCUGGUCUGUACUUGUUGGAGUUUAAAAGAAUAAGGGGGGAAGCUCAUUGAAACCUAUUGAAUACUGAAAGGCCUAGAAAGAGUGGACAUGGAGAGGAUGUUUCCUAUAGUGGGUGAAUCUAGGACCAGAGGCACAGCCUCAGAGUAGAAAGACAUCCCUUUAGAACAGAGAUGAAGAGGAAUUUCUUCAGCUGGAUGGUGGUGUUUCCGAGGAAUUCUUUGCCCCAGAUGGCUGUGGAGGCCAAGUCAUUGUGUACAUUUAAAACAAAGGUUGAUGGGUUCUUGAUUAGUCGGGGUGUUAAAGGUUUUGUGAAGAAGGCAGGAGAAUGGGGUUGAGAGGGAAAAUAAAUCAGCCAUGAUUGAAAUGCUGCCUGACCAGCUGAGUUCCUCCAGAAUUUUGUGUGUAUUGCAGCAGUUUGAAAUUGUUAUAUGUUUCAAGCUUCGGCAGAGGGGCUAUUGAGCAAUCGGUGAUCUGUAAUUCACAAACGCAGCUGCAGAAUCAUGUGUCCAUCAGAGACCGAGGAACCGCUUACUCCAUCAGCACUCACUGCGCACGUGCCUUCCCACCAGAUGUCACAACUCCAGCCUCCUAGCAUGAAGAUUUGCUCAUUGUAACUCAGCAAGAGGAAAUCUAAUGAUAAGAUACAGUAACCACUGCAGAAAUACAAACCAGCAAUGGCAAAGCUCACAAUUUCUACCAAAGGUUCUCUGAGACUGGAUCAUUCUUGCACACCCUGUUACAUUGAGUACAAAGAGUGUGAGUGUGCAUAAUUGUGCGCAUGUGAGUGUCUGUGCAUGCAAGUGUGUGUAUGUGGAAUGUGUGUUAGUGAGUGGGUGUUUGUGUGUGAAUCUGGGUCUCUGUGAGUGUGUGUGUUUGCUGAGAGUGGGUCCUUAUGUAUGAGUGCGUGUUUGAGUGUGAGGCUGGAUCUCUAUAUGAGAGUGUGUGUGUGUGCGUGAGUGUGUUUGAACUAAUAAUGGCCAUUCAGACUGGGUGAAUGUUAAUGAGAUGAGCUUGCACACACACACACUCACUCACUCACACACACUUUCACUCACACCCACUCUCACUCAUGCUCACACACCCACUCACACUCACUCACACUCAUUGCCAGACGCAGCCACACCCAGGACAUCUCCCCAGGCUGUGGAUCAGAAAGAAAAGCACUCACUACCACAUUCCCAAACUCACAUGGGCAGACACACAGGCCAACUCACGUUUGUGUGCAGCAUUCCCACCUGCACUCUCUUUCACACACCAAUACACACUCACUCAUAGACACACACAGACAGCUGUUCACACACUCUCACUGACAGUCACAUACUCACACACAUUUAGAUUUACACAUGCGUGCAUACAACACAUAUAUUAUGUGCUUAUUCACACUCACACAUAUUUACACACAGGCCACACACGCAAACACAUAUGCAUAGGCAUACACAAAGAGACACAUGCGAACAUACAGAGAUACGCACACUUCACUUUAUAUCUAGACACUUGCAGACUUCAAAGUACAUUUAUCAUCAAAGUAUGUUUACAGUAUUCAACCUUAACAGUCGUCUGCUCGCAGGCAGCCACAACAAAAUAUAACCUACUUAAAGAAAAAACCCACUCAACAAAGACCGUCAAACACCGAAUGUGUGGGAAAAAGAACAAAACAUGCAAAUGAUAAAAAAGAUAAGCAAAUAACACAGAACAUGAACCGCAGAGUCCAAAAAUGAGUAAAGGAGUCAGUUCUGCACGGUGCUAAUGGUUGCAGGCCACUGUUGUGUAUUAGAUAAUUCAGUGGUAUUUGGGUAAUAUUGUAAAUAUAUCAUUUGAUUAAGCAUUCUGGUUUGUUUAAAUAUUUCAAUAUAGGUUGUAUGCAAAAAUAAGUGAAUUGCACAUGUCAAGAUGCUACCACAUGAUACGUGCGCACUCAUUUAAAAUAAAACUGAGUUAGA